AGCAACGUUGAGCGAACCGGUAAAAGGAUGGAUGGACAAUUUUAAUGGACCGGUAGCACUUUUCAUCGGCGUUGGAAAAGGACUAUUAAAGUUAAUAUAUGCAGAUAAAAACAUACAGAAUAACUUCGUACCGGUUGAUACCUUCAGCAAAUCUGCCAUUGUUGCAUCAUGGAAAUGUGGAGUGAGAAAGACAAACAUGAGGAUCAAUCUUCCACUUGUAUACAAUUGCGCGAUAUCUCGUUAUAGAUGUCCAAUAUAUGAAGACCUAGUAAAUUUCUGCCAGAAUUGUGUAAAAAGAAUUCCUUUGGAAAAUCCACUUUGGUAUCCUCAAGUGUAUUUCAUAAAGAACCUGUACAUCUACAACCUGUUGUUUAUAUUGUUCCAAAUAAUACCUUUCUGGUUCAUUGAUGAGCUCCUACGAUUAUCAGGCAGACAACCAAGGUUGAUGGCAUUGCAGAGGAAAAUUUUUAUAAAUAAUUACGUUUUGGCACAUUUCACACUAAACAGUUGGGACAUACGAAAUGAAAGGGCGAUAAGUCUGUCUGAUGAAAUACCAAACGAUCAACAAGAAUUUGAAUAUGGAACGGUCCUCUCUGAAGGACUUAACGUAAUAACAUAUUUUGAAAACUGUAUAAUUGGAUGUAAAACAUAUCUUCUGAAUGAACGUAUGGAUCAUUUGGACAAAGCAAAAUCGCAGUUUAACAGAAUGUAUUGGAUCGACAUAAUUGUGAAAGCCUCGUUUGUUAUUUUCUUUAUAUGGAUCAUUUACAAAAACUGUGUAACUGUGUAACAAGGUAAAUUGAUUUUCAUCAAAGUAUACAAUUUUCAUGUACGACAUUUAGCAUCGAAGACUAAUGUCCAAAUGUCGAAAUCAAUUAAUUAUUCAUUAUCAAUUAAUUAUUAAAAAUAAUAAUUUUUAUUAGCGGUUACUUAUAUAAAA